AUAUUACUUUUUGCACUUUCGAAUAAAAAAAAUGCUUGACCGUUUGACUGACCUGGCGAUUGGCAACGUGAUUUCUAAUGCUAUAAAUAUUGGAAACCGGCUUAAUAUUUUCAAGGCAAUUGCAGAAAUAUCCAACGAAGAAAAUCCAGUACUUCCAGAACAGAUUGCAGCAAAAGCGGGGUGCAAAGAAAGAUACGUCCGUGAGUGGUGUAACACUUUGGCAUGUGGGAAUAUUCUAGAAGUGAAUGAAAAGGAAGAAUUUUGGAUAUCAAAAGAAAAUGUUGAAGCUCUGACCAAUACCAGCUUCCAACUUAUGUUCCACACCAUGCUUCCCACCGUUCUAAGACCUAUCGAUUCUCUCAUCGAGUGCUUCAAAAAAGACGGCCCCUACGGUCUGGAUUACUCAAUCUACUCGGAUUUCGAAGAUAUGCAAGCAAUGUUCACAAAAACCGUCUACGAACAACAUAUGAUCUCCGGCUUGAUUCCAGCUUUUGGAAAUGGGAUCAAGGAGAAGCUUGAGGAUGGAGGUUUCCGAGUAUUGGAUGUUGGGUGCGGGGAAGGUUUCCACUCCUGCUUGCUUGCUGAAAACUAUUCCAAAUCUCAAUUUGUUGGGUUAGACAUUUGCGAAAAAGCUAUCAAAUCCGCAAAGUUGAACAAAAAAUCCGAUGGAUCCGACUUCCAGAACCUAGAGUUUGUGGUAGGGGAUGCCAUGAUAAUGCCAGAGGACUGGACUGGUUGCUUCGAUUUGGUGGCUUUUUUUGGGUCUCUACACGAUCUUUUGCGCCCUGAUCUGAGUUUGCUUGAAGUGCAUCGAGUGCUGAAGCCAGGUGGAAUGGUAGUGCUGACUGAAUCCGAUGGAACUAGCAAUGUUUUCCAAGAUCGCGAAGCUUUCGGAAAGAUGUCUGCUCUCCAGUACGGUGGCUCAAUGCUCCAUUGUCUGCCAGUGGGCAGUAAUAGUUCAGAUGCGAUGGGAUAUGGCUCGAUGUGGGGACGGAAAAGAGCCACCGAGCUCAUGACUAAGUGUGGAUUCAAGGAUAUUGAAAUCACCCCAAUUAUUCAUUUCCCAGGAAGUGUGUUCUAUGUUUUGAAGAAAUGAAAAAACACGGUUUUU